GCGGCUCAUCAGUGCCUGUUCAACAGUCCUUCGUUUCCUCCAGAGCAGUAAACUGGGUUUGGUUUGUUGGCAAUUGGUUGAUGACGAUGUCCGGAGAGCGCUGUUCUCGGUUCUGGGACUUUGAUGAUCUUUCCCCGUGUGCUCGUGAGGAGCUGAUUGGAACACAGUGGCCGCUGGUGUUGCUCUGUGCCUCGGUUGCCACCAUCACAGUUAAAGGUGUGUACAACUACGUUCACUUGGGUAAGAGAGUCUCUCUGCGUGAUGAUGGGGAAAGCGAACCGCUGUUGACCGCUUCACAGGGUGCACCGCUGUAUACCGAGUCGUCUGCUGAGUUCACUGAAGACGUUAAAAGGAGCCAUUUCGACUCCUCGUCCUUGCCGCCGGUGAAGUUGAACGGAGAACCACACGGUUGUAAAACUCUUUAUAAGAGAUCCGGCGUUGAGAAGGUUAGAGUUGCCGUUGAGGAAUUGUUCGUAUUGGCCCAGCUUGUUCUUCAAUCGUAUAGAUACCAGAACACUCAAAGUGCCUCGUCGCUGGCUAACCUCCUGUUGUGGCUGUGGCUCCUCUCUUCAACUACUUUUAGAAUUUUGAACUUGAACGACAAAUAUGAAAAGAUUCAGGCAAUAGUGCCAAAUCUAUGGGUCAGUAAUAUACUCAUUUACUUCUUCUUAUGGUUCCCAGCUGUCUUGACUUUCAGAUCCGCGCUGUUGAAUCAUACUGGGGAUGACAAGCUUUACUAUAUUGUCAACUUUUCUGUGAUUACGUUGCAGAUCUUUAACUUGGCGACGUCAAAGGUUGGCUAUAGAUGCCCACAGGUUUACCUCUCGGAUCAACACCGUAAACCGGAUCCCGAGCCCUUUACUGAUUUAUUGACUCUUGUGACCUUUUCUUGGGUAACCCCAAUGAUGAACCAGGCGUUCAAGGUGCCCUUGACUCAAGACGAUGUCUGGGAUUUGAAAAUGGAAGAUUUCUCUUACUUUGUGUUGAAGAGCUUCAAGAAGUUUAGCCAGGGAUCUACAUUGGGGUUCUCUAAUAGAGUGAUUCUGUUCUUCUUGCCAUUCUUACUCGUACAGGCGUUUUGGGCAGUUGUUGAGUCGUUGAUUCUUUUCGCACCAACUAUUUUACUAAAGAGAAUAUUGGAAUUCGUUGAAGAUAGAAACACGGGCAAUUUACCACUCGCUUGGUUCUACGUUACGUUGAUGUUUGCCUCUAAAUUCUUUUCAAACUUAUCAUCGGGUCAGGCAUUGUUCUUUGGAAGAAGAGUUUGUAUCAGGUUGAAAUCCGUGGUCAUUGGAGAAAUUUACGCAAAGGCAUUGAGAAGAAAACUCACAACCAAGUCAAGCUCAACUGAUCAAGCUGAUGCCGGAUUGGAUAAAUCACCUAGUCCUGUUAGCGUUAACCCUACUGAAGAACCUGAAGAGCAAGAUAAAGAAAAUGAAACUAAGAGCGCGAACUUGGGUGCUAUUAUCAAUCUGAUGGCUGUGGAUGCGUUCAAGAUCUCUGAAGUUUGUGCUUAUCUUCACGCUUUCUUUGGUGCCACGUGUAUGAUUAUAGUUUCCAUUUAUUUGCUUUGGAAACUCAUGGGAUGGAGUGCUUUGGUGGGUGCAUUUGCUAUCAUUGCACUCUCUCCAUUGAAUUUCAUGAUGUCUCGUAAAUUGGGUGAAUUGCAAAAGAAAGCUUUAGCUGUUACUGAUAGACGUAUCCAAAAGUUGAACGAAACUUUGCAGAGCAUAAGAAUAAUCAAGUUCUUUGCAUGGGAAAAGAAAUUUGAAGAACAAAUUCUCAAGAUCAGAGAUGAAGAAUUGGAGAUGCUCAAAUCGAGAUCCGUUAUCUGGUCCUUCCUCGUUGUUUUGUGGUGUAUUUUGCCUACAAUUGUUACAGUUAUCUCGUUCGGUUGUUAUAUAUUUAUCGAUAAGAAAGUGUUGACAACACCGGUUGCAUUCACCGCUUUGUCCCUUUUCAACUUGUUAAGAAAUCCUUUGGAUCAAAUUUCAGAUAUGUUGUCCUUUGCUAUCCAGUCCAAGGUUUCUCUGGACCGUGUUAGUGAGUUCUUGAGUCAAGAAGAAACUACAAAGUAUGAGCAGUUAACUCAUGUCAAGAAUACAGGAAGAGUUGGUUUCUCUAACGCAAGCUUUUCUUGGGACUCAACUUCGGAUGCUGACUUCAAAUUGAGAGAUCUCGAUGUUGAUUUCACAGUUGGAAAGUUGAACGUCAUAAUUGGACCUACAGGUGCUGGUAAGACUUCUUUGUUGUUGGCUUUACUUGGUGAAAUGGAAAUCACCAAGGGUGAAGUUCACCUUCCUGGUUUCUUGCCUAGAGAAGAUUUGGAAAUUGGUCCUGAUGGCUACACAGAAUCCGUGGCAUAUUGCUCCCAGGCUGCCUGGUUGUUGAACGAUACCAUCAGAAACAACAUUGUAUUUGGCUCUCCGUUCAAUAGAGAUCGCUAUAACAAGGUUGUAAGUGCAUGCGGACUCGCUCGUGAUUUCGAAAUUCUUAAAGCUGGUGAUCAAACUGAAAUUGGAGAGAAGGGUAUUGCACUCUCUGGUGGUCAAAAACAAAGAGUAUCUUUGGCUAGAGCUCUGUAUUCAAACUCGAGACAUAUUCUUCUUGACGAUUGCUUGAGUGCCGUUGACUCUCACACUGCGUUACACAUCUACGAAAACUGUAUUGCUGGUCCACUGAUGAAGAACAGAACUGUAUUAUUGGUCUCUCAUAACGUUGCCUUAACUAUCAAAUCAGCAGACUUUGUCGUUGUGUUGAAUAACGGAAGAAUUACAAACUCUGGAACUCCAGAGCAACUGUUGGCUGAUGGUGCUUUGGGUGAUGAUGAGAUGAUCAAAUCUACAGUCUACUCUAGAGCUAAUUCUUCCGUCGAUUUAGUUCAGAAAUCUAAACAACAAGAAGAAGAUGCGGUCCUUAAGGUUAAAGAGGCUCUUAACAAUAUGAAGCCUAUUGAAAACCCUGAAGAUGAAGAGUUGGAAAAUUUGAAGAAAGGCAAAUUGAUUGAGGAAGAGCAAAAGUCUGAGGGUGUUGUAUCCCUGGAAGUGUACAAAUGGUUUUUCAACAUUUUCGGAGGAUGGUUCAUUGUUGCAGUCCUUCUUGGCCUCUUCUUGGUUGCAAACGUAAUCAACUUUGGUCAAUCUUGGUGGGUUCGUAAAUGGGCAAAGGAUGCCAGUAACGAUGUCCAUAUCAGUAUUGCCGGUACGCUUUCUGAAUCCCAAUACUAUGGUGCAAUGUCUCAAUUUAUUGCAAAGCCUCUGAAUGUUUUUGUUUUCAAAUAUCAUCAAAUUCAGAAUUCGAUGUCUGUUUUGAAGGAAACCAACAUUUCGGUGUACUACAUUAUUGUUUAUGGUAUUCUUGGUGUGAGUUACGCUUUGAUUGUUGGUCUUAGAAUUGUCUAUGGUUUCUUCAUGGGUAUUAAGGCCUCCAGACGUGUGUUCGCUAAAGUUUUGAACAAAAUCUUGAGGGCAAAAUUAAGAUUCUUUGAUUCUACGCCGAUUGGUCGAAUCAUGAACAGAUUUUCAAAGGACAUUGAGUCCGUUGACCAAGAUUUGAUUCCCUUCAUCGACGGUGCUGUGUCAUGUGCUGUCUCCGUCUUGUUCACCCUGGCAAUGAUUAUGGCAAUUACACCAGGCUUCUUAAUAUUCGCCAUUUUGAUCCUCGUGAUGUACUAUCUUGUUGCUGUUUUCUAUUUGAGCAGCUCUCGUGAGCUAAAGAGAUUUGAUUCCAUCACCAAAUCACCUAUUCAUCAACACUUUUCAGAAACUUUGGUAGGUGCAAGUACAAUCCGUGCAUAUGGUAUCGAACGUCGUUUCUUGCAAGAAAACUUGAACAAGAUUGAUGAGAACAACAGACCGUUCUUUUAUAUGUGGAUUACGAACAGAUGGCUCAGUUUCAGAAACGAUAUGAUUGGUGCAAGCGUGAUCUUCCUCGCUGGUGCCUUCAUUUUGUUUUCUCUCGACAAGAUAGAUGCUGGUCUUGCUGGUAUUUCCUUGUCUUAUGCUAUUGUGUUCAAUGAUACUGCUUUGUGGAUUGUUAGACUCUAUGCCAAUGUUGAAAUGGCCAUGAAUUCUGUCGAAAGAUUGAAAGAGUAUACGGAUGUCGAUGAGGAACCAGCUGAAGAGGUUCCAGAGAAUGAGCCUCCAGAGAGUUGGCCAGAACAUGGUGCUCUAGAAGUUUGUGAUUUGUCUCUGAGAUAUGCUCCUCAUCUACCUCUGGUUAUCAAGAAUGUGUCCUUCAACGUUGAACCAAGUAACAAAAUCGGUAUUGUUGGUAGAACCGGUGCGGGUAAAUCUACAAUCAUUACCGCUCUGUUCAGAUUCUUGGAUCCUGAAACUGGUUAUAUAAAGAUUGAUGGUGUUGAUAUCACUAGCAUCGGAUUAAAAAGACUGAGACAGUCUAUCACGAUUAUCCCUCAAGACCCAACUUUAUUCACCGGUACGAUCAGAUCAAAUCUGGAUCCAUUUGGAAACUAUUCUGACGCAUUUAUCUUUGAGGCGUUGAAGAGAGUUAAUUUGAUUACAGAAGAUGAGUUGGCCAAUCAAGGUGGCUCUUCCUCGGGAAGCUCAUCCAGUGAUGAGAAUGCCAACAAAUUUUUGAAUUUGAACAGUGACGUCUCAGAAGGUGGUGGUAAUUUGUCCCAAGGUCAAAGACAGUUGAUGUGUCUGGCCAGAUCUCUCUUGAGGGAUCCAAAGAUCAUGCUGUUGGAUGAGGCUACCGCGUCCAUCGACUAUGACUCUGAUGCUAAGAUUCAACAGACUAUCAGACAAGAAUUCUCAAAUUCUACUAUCUUGACCAUUGCGCACAGACUUAGAUCUAUCAUUGAUUACGACAAGAUUCUUGUUAUGGAUGCUGGUGAAGUUGUUGAAUUUGACCAUCCAUACAAGCUGAUCAGCGAUAAAUCAACAACUUUCUACAGCAUGUGUGUCGAUAGUGGUGAAUUGGAUGUGUUGACACAGAUUGCCAAAGAAGCAUUCAAAAGAACCGUCUAAAAGAGAAGGGAAUAGCAGUACAUUACAAUUUUAUAGAAUUUUCUUCCUAUGAAGGGGAAAAGACCUUUAUUUGAUUUAAUCUUUUUUUGAGA